CCCAAAACCAGGAGGGUGGUCUUCUGUGGACGCUUUGAAUCGACGCCGGCAGAGGGGACAUUGUAGUAUAUUUUUUCUUACUCCUCCAGGCUCAUUUCAGUGUGCUACUCAUUCCGGCACCCCUUAGUCAGUCAGUCAGUCAGUCAGUCAGUCAGUCAGUCUGUCAGUCAAUCAGUCAGUGCCUCGGCUCGGAGGCCGGAGGCAGCGGGAGGAUGUAGCGAUGGAUUAACGAGGUCCGGACAGGAAGAGAGGAGGGAGACCGAGGGCCACGGCGGGAGGACGUAGGGGACAUGGGGAAGGACCAGGAGUUGCUCCAGGCGGUCAAGACCGAGGACUUGCUGACAGCGCAGCGGCUUCUGCAGAGACCUCGGCCGGGGAAAGCCAAGCUGUUGGGAGCACCCAAGCGGGUGAAUGUGAACAUCCAGGACCCGGAUGGGCUGUCUCCUCUACACCAUGCUGCUCUCAGUGGAAACAAGGAGCUGAUCUCCCUGCUGUUGGAGGCUCAGGCAGCAGUGGAUAUGAAGGAUAACAAAGGGAUGCGUCCUCUACAUUAUGCUGCCUGGCAGGGAAAGACUGAACCAAUGAAAAUGCUACUGAAGGCAGGUUCAUCUGUCAACGGCCAAUCAGACGAAGGGCAGAUUCCUCUGCACCUAUCAGCUCAGCACGGGCACUAUGAUGGGUCAGAGAUGUUGCUUCAACACCAGUCAAAUCCGUGUAUCUCAGAUUCAGCUGGAAAAACACCCCUAGAUCUCGCCUGUGAAUUUGGACGAGUUGGGGUCGUGCAGCUCCUGCUCAGCAGUAACAUGUGUGCUGCCAUGCUGGAGCCAAAACCAUCCGACCCCAACGGAGUGUCACCACUCCACCUGGCCGCCAAGAACGGACACAUCGACGUCAUACGGCUGCUGAUCCAAGCUGGUAUAGAUAUCAACAGGCAAUCAGAGUCUGGCACAGCACUGCACCAGGCUGCCCUCUGUGGGAAGACAGAGGUAGUACGCCUGCUGCUGGACAGUGGCAUCAGUGCGGGUGUGAGGAACACACUGUGUCAGACGGCCCUGGACAUCGUCAACCAGUUUACCACCACACAGGCCAGCCGCGAGAUCAAGCAACUGCUGAGGGAUGCUUCCGCAGCCAUGCAGGUGCGGGCGCUAAAGGAUUACUGCAACAACUAUGACCUCACCAGCCUCAACGUCAAAGCUGGGGACAUCAUCACGGUCUUGGAACAGCACUCUGAUGGCCGAUGGAAGGGCUGUAUCCAUGACAACCGGACAGGAAAUGACAGAGUGGGUUACUUCCCCUCCAACAUGGUGGAGAUCAUCAAGCGGGCAGGCCACGCCCCCUCCCAGCACUGCCACACCCUCCUGCUCCGCAGGCCCAACCCCUUUCCCCUCGCCUCCGUCAACGGACAGUCACACCCCCCCUCCCAGCUCCUCCCCCUGCACCUCCCCCUCCCCCCUCCCCCCCGCCCCGGCGCUCAGUCCCUGCCCCUCUUCUCCUCCUUUGGGUAUGUUCCGCUUCCGCUCUCGCCUCCUUCUCUCUCCACCUCUCCACCACCUCCUCCUCCUCCUCCUCCUCCUCCUCCUCCUCCACCUCCUCCUCCUCCACCUCCUCCUCCUCUCUCCACUCCUCCUCUGUACACCUCUCAGGAGCAGCAGAGUCAGACAGGUUCGAGGACUGCAGAGCCCAGUCCCCAGGGCUCCCCCACCCUCUGCCAGCAGGGCAGCACCAGCGAGGACAUCUGGGUGCUGCGUAAGCCUCUCGCAGGCGGGGACCGGAGCGGCAGCGUGGGCAGCCUGGGCAGCGUGGGCAGCGUGCGGUCCACCGGCAGCCUGCAGGGCAGCGGGAACACCCACGUCCUGAACACGCCCACGCCCAGCCCGCAGACCGCCACGCCCCCGCCGGGGGUCAACCCCCACGGCCUCAACGUCCCCGGCCUGCACGCCCAGUCGGAAGGCGUCAAGCUCCUGGCUACUGUGUUGGCUCAGUCAGUGAAGGCUAAAGAACAUCUCAUGGAGCAAUCCCAAUCUGUGGAGCAGUCAGCAGGUACAACCAGCUGCCAAGUGCAUGAACAGCGAUCGUUUGAGCGGAAAGCGGAGGAGGAGGAUGGGAAAAAGGAGGCGGUAGUGGCAUGGCUGGGUGAGUUUCAGCUGCAGUUCUACACGACCCACUUCCUCACCGCCGGAUACGAUCUAGACACCGUUAGCCGCAUGACCCCUGAGGACUUGACAGCCAUCGGGGUGAUGAAACCUGGACAUCGUAAGAAGCUGGGCUCAGAGAUCAGCAAGCUUCCCUCUACAGGGUGGCUCCCAGACCACAAGCCUGCGAAUCUGGCAGAGUGGCUGUCUCAUCUGGGCCUCAGUCAGUACUACCAGGUGCUGGUGCAGAACGGAUAUGAGAACAUCGAUUUUGUCUCUGACAUCAGCCUUGAAGACCUGCAAGAGAUCGGCAUCAGCAAGCUGGGGCACCAGAAGAAGCUGAUGCUGGGGGUCCGGAGGCUGAAGGAGCUGCAGAGAGGGGAGCGGGGGUCCGACCCCGCCCUGACCCCUCCCUCCAGCCCGGGGGGGGGCAACGGCGUCGGCGCCCGGGAGCCCCGGGACGCCGACCCCAACCCCCUGGCCAAGACCCGGCCCGGCCACGCCGUCUCCCACGCACACACGCCCCCCCGCACGCCCACCCCCACGCCGCCCCAGACCCCCACCCAUGUGCGCGGCCAGCACGCCUCGCCCCGCGCCCGGCCCCGCCCGGCCCCCCACGCCGCCGCCGCCGCCGGCGCGGGCCUGGACGGCGCGGGGGUCCCGAUACUGCGCCUGCCCAGCGCGGAGGAGGAGCGACGGAGAACCAACAGCCUGAUCGGCGGCGGCGGAGGCUCCUCCUCCUCAGCGGACUCCGACUCCGCCCCCAGGUACGCCACGGUGUGCCGCAGCAGCUCGGACCUCAGCGAGCCCGCCGCCAACGACGUCAGCGUCAACCGCAGCCAGUCCUCCGUCACCCUGCGGCCACGGCGGAAGGGCCGGCCCCCGACCCCGCCCAAGAGGUCCUGCUCCUCCAUCACCGGGGGCGACGGGGAGGGGGACGGCCGGGGCCACCACGGGGACGGGCUCCUGGGACCCCCCAGCUACCGGGAGAGACGGGCCAGCGACUGUGGGAGCCUGGGGUCCGCCCUGAGGGCCCAGGGGUCCGGGGGCCUGGAGAGGUCCGAGGGCCCCUCCGGCAGUGUGCGCAGCCUGGCCGCCAUGUUGGAGUCGUCCAUCGGGGGCGGGGCCAAAACCCUGCCCAGGACCAUGGGAGGCAGUAGCAGCUACCUACAGGCGAGCCCCCCCGUCCUCCGCCGCCAAACCAACGCCGGCGGCCUCGGGUCCGAGGAGGACGACCUCAUCAGCCGGCGCCGGACCAUCAGCGGACCGAUCGAGGGCGCGCCCGGCGACCUGGCCGACCCGUCGCCCCGGCGACCCAGCCAGCCCCGCCCGGAGCCCCGCCCCCGCUCCACCGUGGCCGCGCCCGGCUGCACGGUCGGCGACGGCAAUGCCACGCUCCGGAGGAGGCCGGCGCCGCAGAAGCCCAGGGACGCGGGCGGGGCCGACCCCACGGUCGCCGCGGUUACCGCUGGCGCCACCGACACCAUCCGCCGGAGGCCGCGCACGUCCGACGCUACCGGCGCCGACCCACCGGAGGCCGGCGCCCGAACGCCGAGCGGCCAUCCCAUUGGCCCCGAGCAGCCGCAGCAGAACGGGGUGGUGGCGGUGGUGCUGCGGCGCAAGCCGGCGACGGAACUCUGUGACAGGCCGGAGGGCGACGGGGAGAGCUGUGAGUGGAUGGAGGCUCGGAAGUCUCUGAGGCCCCCCCUCUCGCCCAAGCCCUCCGGCGGCACUCUGAGGAGGAGCCACGCGGAGCCCACCACGCCGACACGCAAGGUCCCGCUGCCAGGCCCCGACAGCUAUGUGGACACGGCCCAGAGUCCGGAGACCAAGCGUGCCCCGCCCCCCGUCUCCCCGAAGCCCCGUGGUCCUCCAACGGCCCCCAAACCAGUCAAGACAGCGGCCGGCUCUGCAGCCAUGAGCCCCAGCACCCAAGCCCCCAGCCCCCUAGCCAGCAGCCCCCUAGCCAGCAGCCCCCUAGCCCCCAGCAAACUAGCCCCUAUCCCUCUAGUCCCAAGCAUCGCCCCCAGCCCUCUGGCCACAAGCCCCUCCUCCGCCCACAGAUCCGCCUUCCCCGUCGCGGGGUCCCCAACCCCGGCCCCGGACCCCCACUCCGUCCCGUCGCUCUCCCCGGCGCUCCCACUCACCAGCACCUCCCCCGCCCAGAGCCCCUCCACCCCUUCCCCUCACCCGGUCAAACCACCCCGCUCCUCCAUCGCCGGCCUCUCCAUCGACCUGGGGGGGAGGGAGGCCGAGUGGGUGGAGGCGAUGAAGGAGGAGGCGGUGGAAGGGAGGAAGGAGGUGCAUCGCAGUGUGGAGGAGCACAGGGCCUCUCUGGCUGCGGCUGUGCAGGCGGUCGAACACAACGUCCAAACGGAGGAGCACGAAAACAAAUCUCAACCUGGCAACCCCUCCGCCUCCAUCUUGGAUGACAUCGGCAGCAUGUUUGACGACCUGGCGGACCAACUGGACGCCAUGCUGGAUUGAUCUGCUGCCCGAUGCUUUACCAUUGCCCUCCGGACCCAAUUCUCCUUUCCACCUGUACAUGUGUAUGUCCCGAAA